AUGGCUUCAGAAAACAGUGCCACCAUCCCUCAGGACCCUACCAAGGUUACUGAUGAGGCCGGAGACAAGGGAAAGGGCAAGGCUGUCGCGGCUGAAGAGCCUGUCGAUCAGUCCAUGGACGAGGACGAUGAUGAGGACAGUGGAGACGAAGAGGCUGGUGAUGACGCAGCUGAUGAUGACGAUAACAUGGAUGAAAUCGAUCUCAACAACAUUGUUGAUGGCGGCCGUCGCACCCGCGGUCGAGUCAUCGACUGGGCUAAGGCUGCUGAGGAGAACCCUGCUGAUGACGAUGAUGACGACGAUGAUGAGGAUGACUUCCAGCCGGAAGGCGAGGGAGAUGCAGACAAGAUGGAUGAGGACUAA